AUGGAAUCUAGAAACCAAACAGCUGUCUCAGAAUUCUUUCUCCUGGGACUGACAGAUGAUCCAGAACUUCAGCCUCUCAUCUUCAGCCUUUUUCUUUCCAUGUACCUGUUCACUAUCUCUGGAAACCUCAUGAUCAUCCUUGCUGUGAGCUGUGACUCCCACCUUCACAACCCCAUGUACUUUUUUCUCACCACUCUGUCCUUUAAUGACAUAUGUUUAAGCACAACGUCAGUCCCACACAUGUUGGUGAACAUCCAAACACAGGAUCAGAGCAUCUCUUACUCAGGCUGCCUCACCCAGGUCUGUUUAGUGUUGGUUUUGGGUAACUUUGAAAGUUGUAUACUUUUGAUAAUGGCCUAUGACCGCUAUGUAGCCAUCUGCCACCCACUUAGGUACACAGUCAUUGUGAACCCACGCUUAUGUGUUUUGCUGAGCCUACUCUCCUUGUCUAUCAGCAUUACGUAUGGUCUACUCCACAGUCUAUUGUUACUGAGACUGUCCUUUUGCACAGACCCCCAAAUCCCCCACUUUUUCUGUGAACUUGCACAAAUUAUCAGACUCACUUGUUCUGAUACUUUCAUCGAUAACACAGUAAUCUACGUGGCAGCUUGCAUCUUUGGCGGUGUUCCUGUGUUGGGAAUCAUGUUGUCUUAUAUUCCCAUUGUGUCAUCUAUCUUGAGAAUGCCAUCAGCAGAAGGAAAGUAUAAGGGUUUUUCUACCUGUGGCUCUCAUCUCUCUGUGGUCACCUUGUUCUACGGGACAGGCUUGGGGGUGUACAUUAGCUCUUUAAUAACCGAUUCAUCCAAAAAUGCUGCCGUGGCUUCAGCGAUGUAUUCUGUGGUCCCUCAGAUGAUAAACCCCUUUAUCUACAGUCUGAGGAACAGGGACAUGAAGGUAGCUUUGCGGAAGCUUAUUGCUAGGAUAAAUUCUCUUUCAGUGUAUCAUAUGCUGACCUGUACGCAUACUGUAUUGAGAAUAAAAUGUUCCCGGUUAAUAAAAUGUCACUAAGUAGAGUGAUCAGAAAUGCAAUGUUCAAGUAUAUUACAUUACAGAUUCAAACACCACCUUGCUUUUUAUUCAGUCUGUGAUGUGUGCAACAUGAUUUCAUUUGUAAAUAUACUUUCUCCUUCUGUUCCCUGAAGGAGAGUCUGUAGAAAGACUCUAGUGUGUAAU